CACAGAGUUUAUCGAGGCGAAAAUCAUGGCUUCAAUGCCAGAGAAAGUUGAGUGGGGCAUGAUAAGGCUAGUUUCGAUUCCAGAUGGACACAAACAAGGCGAUGAUCAAAACGAUUAUAUAAAAACUAGAGAUACUAUGUUAAGAGUUAUGCCAGGUCAUUUGGAGACCCUGAUUGAGAAUAUCAACAAAUCAAGUGACUGUGAACAUAUCACAUGCGUCAGAGCUGAUAUAUGUUUUGGAUGGGCACUGGAACUUGCUCAGAAAAUGGACAUUCCUCGGGCUGCAGUUUUACCUUAUGCACCAGGGAACUUGGCCCUGACACUUCGUAUUCCAAAUCUCGUUGAAGCUGGAGCUAUAGAUUCUAAUGGAACUGCAAUGACUGACGAGUUGAUCUCGAUAUCAGAAGAGAUUCUUCCCUGGAAAGCUAACGAACUCGCAUGGAGCUGUCCAGAUGAUUUGACGUUACAAAAGAUUUUCUUUGAUUUUGCUUGUGCUAAUAUCCAAAAUGUCAGAAUUUCCAUCUGGGUUCUUUCCAAUACAUUUUAUGAACUUGACUCAUCAUCCUGUGAUCUAAUUUCCAACAUCUUACCAAUUGGUCCAUUACUAGCAAGUAAUAGUUCAGGAAGUUUUUCUGGAAGCUUAAUGCCUGAGGGACUCAACUGUUAA